CUAGAAUUCUUAAUUUUUGUACAUUUCGAAACAAAACCAAAACAAAUGUGUUUUUUUCUUUAAAUCUUUCUAUUUCUUAUAAUUACUAUUAUAAAAACAGUAAAGUGCCACCAUGGCUACAGCUGGUAGCUCUAUCCGUGUUAAACAUUCAAUUCCCAUCGAUAUUCUCGAUGACUUAUGCAGUCGUUUCAUCAUCAACCUGCCGGAGUCAGAGCGCGGGGACCUGGUGCGCAUCUGCUUCCAGAUGGAGCUGGCGCACUGGUUCUACCUCGACUAUUACUGCACUGAUGAGGUGCACAACCUUCACCCGUGUGGCAUAAGGGACUUUGCUCAGCACAUAUUCCAGCAUGUCCCGACACUCCGAGAACACCUCACCAGCCUCGAUUCGGUGCUAGAGAACUGGCGCGAGUACAAGCAAACAGUGCCAACAUACGGCGCCAUACUGCUCGACCAGGAGCUGACCCACGUGCUGCUGGUGCAGUCGUACUGGACCAAGGCCUCCUGGGGCUUCCCUAAAGGCAAGGUCAAUGAGGGUGAGGAGCCGUGGAAGUGCGCCGCUAGAGAGGUUCUCGAAGAAACUGGCUUCGACAUAAGCAAGCAUAUAAGCAAGAACGACUACAUCGAAGCGAUCAUCCACGAUCAGAUCGUCCGUCUGUACAUCAUAGGUUACAUACCGCGGGACACUAAGUUUCAGCCUCGCACUAGGAAUGAGAUCAAAGCUUGCGAGUGGUUCCCACUUGCUGACCUGCCAUCCAAUAAAAAGGACAUGACACCCAAGGUGAAAAUGGGCGUAAGUCCGAACGCGUUCUUCAUGGUGCUCCCGUUCGUGAAGCGCAUGCGGCGUUGGGUCGCCGAGCGGAACCCCAAGGGCCGCCGCACGCGGCACAAGUCGCUAGGGGACUUAGACCUCAACAAGAAUAAAGGGAAAAUAUCGCAGGGUCUACAAAACGAGAUAACAGACUACCAACAGCAAAACCCGUCUAACCCCUCUCCGAAAUACAACAGCAACCCCAAACAUCAACCCCACCCAAGCACGUCUAAGAACACCAACGGCAGCGCCAGAAAAGAGCGGAGGAACCCCAAAAGGCAGCUCUUUACACCCCAGAACACCCAAAGUACCAAUUUCUCACCUGUUCAGAAAGAGCUGACGCCAACUCAAGAGCCGGAGGAACUAUUCGUGGCGCCAUCUUGGGCUAAUUUCAAGUUUGAUAUGCAAGCUAUAUUGAAUUGUCUUAACUGACAUUUUAUAUG